AUGAAUACCCCUCCUCACCUCACUGAUCUUACUACAAUUUUAAUUAGAUUCAGAUACAACAAAUACGCCAUUUGCACAGACAUAGAGAAAGCGUUUUUGAAUGUUGGACUACACGCAGACGACCGUGACGUCACAAGAUUUUACUGGUUGACAGACCCAGACGAUCCAGCCAGCACUCUAAAGACAUAUAGAUUCAAGUCCGUUCUUUUCGGAGCAACUUGUUCUCCAUUUAUACUGAAUGCGACGAUUCUAAAGCACCUAGAGAGACACCAAUGCGAACUUACUGAUCUUAUCAAGAGUGGCUUAUACGUAGAUAAUAUACUUACCAGCGUCCAAGAUGAGCAGAAGUUACAUGAUUUCUUCGAAAGCAGCCGACAAAUAUUCAAGCAAGCGUCUUUCAACCUACGAUCGUGGAGUUCUAAUAGUGAAGCAUUACGUACCAAAUUCAAAGCCGGCGGAAUAGAUGACAAAGACAAAGAAAUCAAAGCACUAGGUAUGCGUUGGAAUCCUGAAACAGAUGUCUUGUUUAUACCGCAACGUACAUUGUCCAUGCAGAAUGACCACUUACUGACGAAAAGAGAGAUCUUGAAGGAAUCAUCAUCCAUAUUCGAUCCGCUUGGAUUAUUGAACCCCGUCACAGUGAGAAGUAAAGUUCUGAUGCAAUCAUUAUGGCAACGCAAGUUAGAGUGGGACGAGCUUUUACCAGACGACAUAAUUAAAGAGUGGUACAGCAUAAGAGCAGACGUUAAAAAAGCCAUCGACAUGAAGUUCCCACGCUGUUAUUUCCCAGAUGAUUCUCCUACAGAAAAAAAUCUUCACAUUUUCUGCGACGCAAGUGUGAAAGCAUACGGCGCAUACGCAGUACAAGAAAUACAUGAACUGACGAAAACAUACGAGUGGAGAUACUGCUCUACAGAUACCAACCCCGCAGAUAUACUGUCACGUGGUCUAUCAUAUGACAAGUUCCAUGGCAACAGGUUAUGGUUCCAUGGUCCGGAUUGGCUGACAAACACAGCCAGUUUUCCAGCGAAGAGUACCAUAUCACAGAUACACGUAAAUGAUAACAGACAAGGUGAAGAUACUGUCGUCCUUGUAAAAGAAACCCCAUUCGUUCCGGGUAUUCUACACAUAUUAGACUUACAGAGAUUCAGCUCUUACCAAAAGGUUCUAAGAGUGUGUGCAUACAUUUUUCGAUUUGUAGACCAGUGUAAGAAGCAGAAGAAAUAUGGCGGAGAUCUACAUCCACAUGAACUCGACACAGCAGCAAGGACCUUAAUAAAACAUACACAGUACGUGAGGUUUCCAGAUGUAUUAGAUUACAUGAAGAAGACCAAUUCUAGAUGCAUUAAACCUGCAUUAGUGCGACAACUAGACCUGUACCUUGACAUAGACAAAAUACUACGCUGUGGAGGACGUAUUGCCAACGCACCAUUACCUGAGGAAACACGAUUCCCGUAUCUGAUACCAUCUAGAGGAAAACUUACUGAGUUGUUAGUUACAGACGCUCACGAAACACAACUUCACGCAGGCUUAGAGAGUACAGUCACAUACUUACGUCAACGUUUUUGGAUUCCUAGUAUACGUCAACGUGUGAGAACCAUCAUCCGCACGUGCGUCACGUGCCGUAAAGUGACGGCAAAGCCUUACCAAGUACCAGAUCCACCCCCUCUACCCAGUGACAGACUCAAACACGCACCUCCGUUUACCGUAACCGGCAUUGAUUUCACAGGAACACUUACCGUGAAAGCUACAGACGGAAGAUUGCUGAAAGUAUACAUCUGCCUGUUUACCUGCGCAAACACUCGAGCCGUACACCUGGAAAUAGUCACGGAUAUGAAGACAGAAUCUUUUAUACUAGCUGUUCGCAGAUUUAUCAGCAGGCAAUCCACACCAAAAGUAUUCAUGUCCGACAACGCAUUGACAUUUAUAGCUACGGCCAAGAUUAUGAAAGAAGAAGUUUUGAACCCACAUGGCAUUACCUGGAAGUUCAUCCCUCAACACGCUCCGUGGUAUGGCGGUUGGUGGGAAAGACUCAUUGGACUCACCAAGACCAGUCUGAAGAAAGUCCUUGGAAAGGCGUUAAUCAACUUAGAAACCCUACAGACGCUCAUUACCGAAGUCGAGUGUAUAAUUAACGAUCGGCCGCUGACCCAUUCAUCAACAGAUCCAGCAGACGACGAACCCUUGACGCCCUCACACUUACUAUACGGACGAAGAAUCACAACACCUAUCUAUCCAGACGACCGAGAAGAACCGGAAGCAGACGAUAUGUCACGUGAUAAAGCAGACAAGCUAUACCGUUUUAAGUCUGCUAUAAUUGAACAUUUUUGGUCCCGGUGGAAGCACGAGUACCUUACAUCGUUAAGAGAGUUCCACAAACAUUUAGGAGGCGAAGGUGAUCUGAUUCGAAUUGGCGACGUAGUCCAGAUUCACGACGACACAUUACCCAGAAACAGGUGGUCCUUAGGUGUUAUUGAUGACGUUGUUACUGGAGCAGACGGACGUACACGUGCAGCACGAGUCAAAUCUAGAAAGGGCAUCAUCACCAGACCUAUAGCAAAACUUUAUCCGCUUGAGCUGAUUGAAUAG